CCGGAAGAACAUUCUCCUUAGCAACUGCGGGACCGCGGCGGCGCCAGCCUCCCGGGAGCAGCGAAACUGUCUUCCUCGGGUGCAGGAGAUAGACCGCGGAUCCAGACUUCUUUACGUGACAGUCCGCCUGUCACAGCACUAGUGUGGCUCUCCCGUUCCAGCAGUUGGCUAGUGACAGCCGAGCUGCUCAAGGCAGGAAGAACUCUGAGCAGAGCAGUGGAGGCUCCCUGGACUAGAGAGAAGAGGCCACCUUGGAACCAGUAAUGAGCCAUCCUGACUACAGGCUGAACCUCCGGCCCCUGGGGACCCCUAGAGGUGUGUCUUCUGUGGUUGGACCACACGGUGUUGGUGCUUCACCAGGUGACAAAAAGUCAAAGAACAAGUCCAUGCGAGGGAAGAAAAAGAGCGUGUUUGAAACCUACAUGUCCAAGGAGGAAGUUUCAGAAGGCCUGAAGAGAGGAACACUUAUCCAGGGUAUAUUGAGAAUCAACCCAAAGAAGUUUCAUGAAGCCUUCAUUCCUUCCCCGGAUGGUGAUCGAGACAUUUUUAUCGAUGGGGUUGUUGCUCGUAACAGAGCCUUAAAUGGGGAUCUGGUGGUUGUGAAACUUCUUCCUGAGGAGCAGUGGAAGGUCAUUAAGCCAGAGAGCACUGACAGAGAGACAGAAGCGGCCUGUGAGUCAGCUCUCCCUGAGGAGCUCUGUGGACACCAUCUUCCACAGCAGUCUCCAAAAGGCUCAAAUGACAGUCCUGAUGUUAUUAUCGAAGCUCAGUUUGAUGACAGUGACUCAGAAGAUGGACAUAGCAGCACAAAAAAUGUGCUGGUUGAUGGAGUUCAGAAACUCUCCAUUUGUGUUCACGAAAAAGGAGAAGAGAAUGCUGGCGCACCACUUACAAAAGACGAGAGCACCUCCGUGUCACAGGGCACAAGAGCUUUACCAGAGAAGUCACUGCAAAGAUCAGCAAAGGUGGUUCACAUCUUGGAGAAAAACCAUUCUCGAGCAGCAACUGGCUUCCUCAAACUCUUGGCCGAUAAGAACAGUGAACUGUUCAGGAAAUACGCCCUGUUCUCUCCCUCAGACCACCGAGUGCCUAGAAUUUAUGUGCCUCUCAAAGACUGUCCCCAGGACUUUGUGUCCCGACCUAAAGAUUACACCAACACGCUGUUCAUCUGUCGCAUUGUGGACUGGAAAGAGGACAACAACUUUGCUCUGGGGCAGCUGGCUAAGAGUCUUGGGCAGGCUGGAGAAAUUGAGCCUGAAACCGAGGGAAUACUAACAGAGUAUGGCGUGGAUUUCUCUGAUUUCUCUCCUGAAGUUCUAGAAUGUCUCCCUCAAUGCCUGCCCUGGACAAUCCCACCAGAGGAGUUCAACAAGAGAAGAGAUUUAAGAAAAGACUGUGUCUUCACUAUUGACCCGUCAACUGCCCGAGACCUUGAUGAUGCCCUCUCCUGCAAGCCACUCCCUGAUGGGAACUUUGAAGUGGGAGUUCACAUCGCCGACGUGAGCUACUUUGUUCCUGAGGGAUCCGAUCUGGACAGAGUGGCUGCGGAGAGAGCCACGAGUGUCUACUUGGUUCAGAAGGUGGUCCCCAUGCUCCCCAGACUGCUCUGUGAGGAGCUGUGCAGCCUCAACCCCAUGACCGACAAGCUGACCUUCUCCGUGAUCUGGACACUGACCCCAGAGGGCAAGAUCCUUGCUGAGUGGUUUGGCCGGACCAUCAUUCACUCCUGCGCCAAACUGAGCUACGAGCAUGCACAGAGCAUGAUUGACAGCCCGACAGAGACGGUCCCUGAGGAGGAGCUGCCCGCCAUUUCUCCAGAGCACAGCAGCAAGGAGGUCCACCAGGCUGUACUGAAUCUCCACAGAAUCGCGAAGCAGCUACGCCGACAGCGCUUUGUGGAUGGUGCGCUUCGUUUGGAUCAGGUGAAGCUUGCUUUCACUCUGGACCACGAAACUGGAUUGCCUCAAGGGUGCCACGUCUACGAGUACCGCGACAGCAACAAGCUGGUGGAGGAGUUCAUGCUCCUGGCCAACAUGGCAGUCGCCCACAAGAUCCACCGCGCCUUCCCCACACGGGCCCUGCUGCGCAGGCACCCCCCGCCCCAGGUGAAGAUGCUGGAGGACCUGGAGGAGUUCUGCGACCAGAUGGGCCUCUCCAUGGACUUCAGCUCUGCGGGGGCCCUCAACAAAAGUCUGACUGAGACAUUCGGAGAUGACAAGUACUCGCUGGCCCGGAAGGAGGUGCUCACCAACAUGUGCUCUCGGCCCAUGCAGAUGGCGGUGUACUUCUGCUCAGGGGUGCUGCGGGACCUGGUCCAGUUCCGGCACUACGCCCUCAACGUGCCGCUCUACACGCACUUCACCUCUCCCAUCCGCCGCUUCGCCGAUGUCCUGGUGCACCGCCUCCUGGCUGCAGCGCUAGGCUACCAGGAGCUGCCAGAUGUGGAGCCGGAAGCCCUGCAGAAGCAGGCCGACCACUGCAACAGCCGCCGUGUGGCAUCCAAGCGCGUGCAGGAGCUCAGCACCAACCUCUUCUUUGCUGUCCUGGUCAAGGAGAGUGGCCCCCUGGAGUCGGAAGCCAUGGUGAUGGGCGUCCUGAACCAAGCCUUCGACGUGCUGGUGUUGCGCUACGGCGUGCAGAAGCGCAUCUACUGCAACGCCCUGGCGCUGCGGUCCCACCACUUCCAGAAGGUGGGCAAGAAGCCGGAGCUCACGCUCAUCUGGGAGCCUGAGGACAGCGAGCAGGAGCCGACCCGGCAGGUCAUCACCAUCUUCAGCCUGGUGGAAGUGGUCCUGCGGGCGGAGGCCGUGGCCCUCAAGUACAGCGCCAUCCUGAAGCGGCCGGGCACCGAGACGUCCCUGGGCUUGGAGCAGGAGGAGUCGGAGGACGAGCCCGAGGACUGAGACGCCGGCCCCGCCAGCCGCGCCGGCCCCGCCGGCCCUGGCCCCCGCCCCACCGGCCACUCACUGCCCCACCCUGCUGGCUUUUAGGAAUAGGACCUUUUGACACCAAAGGGGAUUUUUAAUUUGGUUUUUAACAACUCAGGGGUUUGUUUUUAUUUUUAUUUUUUUAUUUUAUUUUUGCAGCUCAGUUUUUAAUGAACUGGAGGGGAGAGGGUGGGGCUGGACGGAACUGAGGCCUGGCCAGAGCUGAACUGAGCAGAGCAGCCCCGGCUCCCAGAGGCCAUUCCGCCAGGCCUCCCACUGCCCUCCCCUGCCCAGAAAUGGGGGUUCAGCAAAUCAGUGUCAUGGAAUAAAAUCAAGUGUGAAGUGC